AUGGCGAUCUGUACUGAUAACGCACGCACGCUUGCAUCGGAAGCGACCAUCGAAGAUCUGAUGAUGCAAGCCAAGAAGAUCAAGUACGACGUCAUCGGACUGACCGAGACGAGACGACGUCACCCUCUUAACGCCGUAUAUGAAACUGGAGAAGAACUGUUCUUAGGAACAUGCGACAGUAGAGGUGUUGGUGGAGUUGGCGUCCUCGUCAACACGAGUAUGGCAAAGAACAUCGACUCUUUUGAACAACUUACGACCCGAAUUGGACGUCUGCGGAUGAGAAGGUGUGGCCCAACACCAGCUUUGACUAUCUUCGUCGCUUACGCUCCAACAUCAAGCUACGAAGAAGAAGAAGUCAAAGCUUUCUAUAUGGACCUGGAGAAGUUCUACCGAGAAAAUCACGCCUUCUAUAAGGUCAUAAUUGGCGAUUUCAACGCCAAGGUUGGCCCAAGAAGAACGCCGGAGGAGCUUCACAUCGGCACCCACGGCUUACAAUGGAACGACCAGAGGGAGAGGCUCUCCGAGUUCAUCAUGACGACUAAGACCAUCCAUGGGAACUCGCAAUCCUAG